CGCUUUUUCGAACUAGAUUAACAACUACUUCCGUUGAAAACAAACAUGGAUACGGAUCCUAAAUUUCGUCCAGUUUCGGCUAUGAGUUUAAGAACGAAAAUUCGCGAGGAUCACUUGACUUGUCCGAUCUGUAUGGGUGCCUUUGACAAACCUAAAGCCUUGCCCUGUUUACAUUCAUUCUGCCAGGGUUGUUUGGAAGAUUUCGUCGUUAGUCGAGGAUACGAGUCCACUGGUCGGUUUCCAUGUCCCGUGUGUCAGAAAGUUACGGUCAUUCCCGGCGGGGUAGUCGGUGGAUUUCCCGACAACCACGUUCUUGCGAGUCUAUUGGACACUGUGGACAAAAGGCCAGCCGUUCCCCCGCGCCCAAAAGGAAGCCCACUUGAUGGAACUCUGAGAUCAACCUCUCCUGCUUCAGCUGGUGGUCUGUAUCCACAAGCACUGACCACUGCCCCAUCUGGUGACAUGCCAGAUUUUAUAGGAAAUGUUCGACGUGAAGAGAAUUUCCUGCUUAAGGUUGGCCAUUUUGGACCAACCAUUGCAGACUUCAUGAAGCCAUACGGACUUGCUGUGGGGAAAAACGGGGAGUAUGUGGUGACUGACCGUGCAGGGGAUCGAGUGUUACUGUUUGCAAAUGCUGGUGAACUAAUUGGUCGAUUCAGCUGUGAUUGUAAAAUUAGUGGAGUCACAAUGACUAGAGAUAAUUUAAUUCUACUGGCAGUAAAUGGAGCGGGAUCAGCAAUAAUGAGACUAUACAAUAUGGACGGACGUGUGCUUCAAACUAUAGGAGAUUACUACAGAUUCGAUAAGCCCAGUGGUAUAGCCCAGACCUCAAAAAAUCAAACUGUUAUUUCCAAUCUGGAGGGCAAUAACAUAUAUGUCUUUACAGACCACAAUAAAAUGUCAAUAAAGUUUGGAUGGCAUGGGUCAGGAGAUAAACAUUUUGAUGGACCAAAUUUUCUUGCAGUGGACAGCAAGGACCAGAUUAUAGUCAGUGACUCUGGUAAUGACUGUAUCAAAGUGUUCGACACAGCAGGGAACUUUAAAAGGAAGUUUGGCAAUCUAUCUUGUCCCAUGGGAGUUACAGUUGACAGGCGAGAUAACAUUAUAGUAGCAGAUGCCGGGAAUUUCAGAGUGCAAAUGUUUGAUAGUCAUGGUAACUACCUACGGUCUUUGGUAAAUGAUACUGACGAAAUAGGAUCGGAUGUUAAGCCGUUAAAUGUUGCUGUUACACCAGCAGGGAAUGUUGCUGUGUUACUGAGAGGUACACAGUUUGCUGAGAUUAGAGUCUACAAAAUUCCAUCUUAAAUACUGAUGCCUUAUUGAUUUUGUACAUUGCGUGUACCCCAUGUAUCAUAACAUAUCUGUUCACAUGUUCUGUUCAAUAAUAGAUGAGUUUUGGCAUUAAACAUUUACCUCCACAUGUAAGGGAUAUCAUUAUGUACUGAAAACAGAUGUUGAUCUGAAUAACUGUGGUGAAAUGUCAUACUUUAAUACUGGUAAAUUCUCUUUAGAAAGUUCUGACAAAUUGAACAUAGCGUCACUUGUCUGUGAUACCAGAAAUGGUAUCAAAAUUCAAUGAACAACAUUGUUAAACCAUAUUUUACAAACCCAAUAUGUUUGAAAUUUUUUUGAGGUUACUGGUAUUUUUUCUUUCUUUUUUUAACUCUUUGGAUAAAAUUAGAGUUGGAUGCAUAGAUUUUCAACUUUCGUGGUCAACCAUUGAUUUUCAGUAUUGCAUUAGUUCUUUGCUUUGCUUUUCAGUUUUGAUUUUGAUGACCUGUAGAUCAGUUACUAAAUUGUUAAAGUGUGAAAAAUCCUUGUCAGAUUGUAUGUAAACUUUUAUUGAAUGAUAUUGAACAUUGAAAACGAUAAUUGAAACAUAUUUAUUUAUAGCUAAUUAUUUACUAUUUUUGACUAUCAGGAACAUGUAUCAUGUUGUAAGAACUUAUUUAUCAAUCAUUAAAUUUGAACAACAAAUAAUAUUCAGUGCUGGAAACAUCAGGUCCUGUACUCAAGAUAAUAAUUUAAUUUGUUAAUAACCAAUCAAAUAAAAUGAUUCCUGGAUGUAUUUAUAUGUAUACAUGAAUGAACAUGUUAGAUGUUGUUUUAUAACGUAAAAUGCAAGUAUUAUUCUUCCCAAUAAAAUUCUAGCAACCUUCA